AUGAAAGACCUUUUUGGUUGGGCAAAUGCUGAAGACGCUCAUCAGGCUCACGAUUCCAAGACUUGCGCGCCGUCUUAUGGAAUAGCUGGACAGCCCAUUAUAGGUCUGGCAAAGGAGAAGGAUAUCGAAGGACUAUCCCUUCAGGAACUCAAGACCGUUAGGAAGGAUGGUAUGCAGACGGCAGCGGGAAAGGAGGAGCACGACAGAAAGGAGCAUGUGAAGGGACUCCUCACCUGCAUUGGGUCUACAGCUAAAUACUCCUUGAAGAAUUUGGCUCUGAAUAAGAUUCAGGCUUGGAACCCUGGAGAAGGUUACUGUGUUGCCGUUGUUUGCAAAAGUCCCACUGCCUACCAAGAAUACUUGGGAGAACGACCCUACGCUACUCAAAAUGGGUACCAUGUGGAUUAUGCAGGAGAGAAGGAACUCAAAGAUGUGACAGGGCUCCUUGCUGCUAUGGUGAAAGCCCAUGCCAAAGUUGCGAAUGGGACCCGUGGAGAUGACGCUACUAUUGUGACGCCGCUCGACUUCAUAACUGGCAACGACAAAACAGAUAUGGAACAACUGCAGGACGAAAUACAAGAUGGGAAGGUCUCAGUUCCGACCGCGCCUCACAACCUUAAAGGAAAAAUUGUUCUGAAAGUGUAUGUGUCGAGCAGCCAUGAUUACAAGAUACCAGAUCCACUGCUUGUUGCCAUGAAGGCAGCCAUCAAUUGA